CGUUAGCGUGCGCACGCUUGGGCGCCACGCCGAGUGUGCUCGAAACCAGCGCGCGAACAAACCAAAGAACAGCACAGCCGCGGGCGCCGCGCGCUCGGAACCGUACGGACAGCACAGCCGCGGGCGCCGCGCGCUCGGAACCGUACGGACAGCACAGCCGCGCACGAACAAACCAAAGAAGAAAGGCAGGAGCAGCUAGAAGAAAGUUCUAGCGCACUCGGCGCGCGAGCUGUAGAACUUAGACGAAAAGUUAGAAAACGACAGAAUUGUGAUGGCGGCCACUGCAGCGAUGGCGACUUCCGUGGCAAACCUGUCGUCGUCGUGUUCCUGCUCGUCCUCCAUCGCCGCCUGCUCGCAGCAGCGACUGUCGUCGGCGUCCAGUCUGAGAGCUUCUCCGCUCGUGUUCUCUCAUCACCGUAUCUCGUCACCUCCAAACGACGAAUCAUACUCUCUAACGGACAAGGCCAAGGAAAGGACGAACGAACAUGGGGCUUCCUCUGACUCCACUGCCUCCGAGCGAAUCGAAACCGAAAGAGUACGACGAUGUCGAUGAUGUUAUCCUUGAGGAGGAUGAAGACCUAGAGUUGACAAUUACUUAGGCGGCAUUUUAUUGGUAGCAUCUGCAGAGGCAGCUGCAAUGGGUGGUAGUUGGUUUCUGUUGGAUACAAACCACACUUAGGAAGUGGAGGCGCUUCGCACCUUGUGGAUUUGAAUCCCACUAGCUGAAUGUAAAAGAUAUGCUGAAACGGAUGUCAAGGAAAACCAGUGUUGAACCUCCCGCGUUCCCCGUCCCCCCUCCCCCCUCCCCCCAACAUACAUGUGGUAAAUUGAAUGCACCUCCUUACCUCCCUCCCCUCCUGCCCCUCCUUGCCCUAAGGAGGAUGAAGUAAAAAAGGGGGUCGUUAAACUACCUGUGAAUAGAGCUGGAAUGAGAGAGGAGUGACCUCCCCCCCCCCCCCCGGCCCCCCUCCGGCUCCCCAGAUGCACUCGCACACACACAUGCUUGAGAGGCAGAGGUUGGUUUCCAAACUUUUAUGUUCAGUGAAAGCUUGUUGUACGUUGAGUGAAAGUUCGUCGUACCUGCCAUGAAAG